AUGCGCGACGUCGCGGACGACGACGCGUUCACGAGCGAUCUCACGCGGUCGUUCGCGACGAGCGCGCACUCGUCUCAGAGCGACGCGCACGUCGAACGAGACGACCGCGUCGAGAGCGAUGAGUUUGAACGAAGCGACGCGCACGUGCGAACGACGUCGUCGCCGGAGAUGGGCGAGCGAGAGGAUGAGAGCGCGAACGAACGAGCGCGGACGAUCGAUGAGCUGUACACCGAGCGAAUAGGGGACGCGAAUCGAGCGCAGCUGACGCAGUACGCGCUCGCCGCGGUGGCUUGGUUCCCGGCGGCGUUUCUCACGCUCACGCCCGUGUUCGCGGCGCGCUCGCCGGAUUGGAAGUGCGCCACGGAGAACGGCUGCGUGCACGCCGAUACGGGAGCGUCGUUAGAUCUGUGCAGCUUGGAUCGCGAGGCGUGGACGUGGGUCGACGCGAAGGCGUCCAUAGUCUCUGAGUGGGACCUCGUGUGUGCGCACGAGUACAAGGUGCAGCUUGCCGAUUCAAUCUUUUUUCUCGGUUUCCUCUUUGGAGCGGGGAUUCUCGGUCAAAUCGCGGAUAGUAAGGGGAGAUUAUUCGGCUUAUACGUCUCCACGGCGCUCGCGAGCGCCGGUGCGCUCUUCGCAUCGUGGGCGGGCGGGUAUUGGACGUACCUAUUGCACACAGUUUUGCGAGGAUUUGGCUGUGGAGGUCUGGGAGUCGCGAGUUACGUAUUGUGUUUAGAAUUUCUAGGUCUGAAAUGGCGCGCCGUGCUCGGGAUCGCGACGCAAUAUUUUUGGUCGGGAGGAAUAGCUCUCAUGUCUGGAGUGGCGUACGGCAUGCCGAGAUGGAGGAGCUUCACCGCGUUUUGCGGUGUUUUCGGAUUUGUGUAUAUUGGACUGAGCGUCAAAUUUCUGUUGGAGUCUCCGAGAUGGUUCUUAGCCACCGGACGAAGUGAUAAGGCGAUGGGUGUGCUGACACAAUUAGCGAAAGGAAAUCCGAAGUUUACGGGUCGUCUGCCACCGCUCAAACAACCGCGAGCGGCGAAGGGUUUGAACGUGACUGCGGUGCUGCCAUUUCCUGCACUGAGACACCGACUCUACGCCAUGGCGUACAUUUUCUGCAUCACGAGCAUGGUAUAUUACGGAUUAUCUCUCAACGUUGGCUCACUCAGCGGAUCCAUCUACAUGAAUACGUUUAUCGGCGCAAUCACUGAGUUUCCCGCGCAUGCGUUCGCGCAAAUCAGUGCGGAUAAGCUCGGGCGCAGAAAGACGCAGCUCAUCCUCAUGGGUACGGCGUGCAGUGGUACCUUUGCGAGUUCGUUGUUUACGGGAUCGAUGCAGGUGUUCGUUUCAAUGUUUGGACGAUUUGGGAUCGCCGGUUCGUUCAACAUGAUUUACCUCUACACCACCGAGCUCUUUCCUACGAUCGUGCGUUCGGCGUGCUUGGGUACAUGUUCGCUCGCGGCGCGGGUCGGUGGCAUCUGCGCCCCGGCGAUUAUUUACUCCCAGAUUAUUCAUCCGGUGCUCCCGUACAUCAUUCUCAGCAUCGCCGCGGCAUCGGCAUGCGCGGUGACGCUCACGCUACCGGAGACUCAGGGUAUGGUGAUCGAGGAAUCUCUUGCUGGCGCGGCACAACAGGACAUGGGCGCCGGUCGAGCGCACUGGACGAGCGCGCGCGAGGUUGGAUUCACUCGUCUCGUCGAUCGCGGCGACGCCGAGAGCGGCGCGUUCGAUGACGACGCCAACUUAUAG